CGUUACACACAAGGAUCGGAAUCCUCCGCCACCAAUCGCCACCUACUACCUCCCUGUCAUCUCUCCAUUCUCCGCCGGCGAUAUUACAUUCAACGCCAGCAGCCUCUGGCUCUCUACAUAUACACUUGGAAGAUAUAUAUACAACUACAUCAAGUUACACAGUGAAACUGCAUAGAUAGAUAUAUACAGAUACAGGUAACGGAGAUCGGAAAAUGGCGACUAAGAAGUUUAUAGUAGAGGUUGAGCCGGCAAUAGAGGCGAAAGAUGGAAAGCCGUCGAUGGGACCUGUCUACCGUAGUGUGUUUGCUAAAGACGGUUUUCCAGCUCCGAUUGAUGGUUUAGAUUCCUGUUGGGAUGUUUUUCGCCUGUCAGUGGAGAAAUACCCCAAUAAUACAAUGCUUGGUACCCGUGAAUUUGUGGAUGGAAAGCAUGGAAAGUAUGUAUGGUUGACUUACAAACAAGUAUAUGACAAGGUGAUACGGCUUGGAAAUUCUAUCCGUGCAUGCGGUGUUGAGCCAGGAGGACGGUGUGGGAUCUAUGGUGCCAAUUGUGCAGAAUGGGUUAUGAGCAUGGAGGCAUGUAAUGCUCACGGGUUGUACUGUGUGCCUUUAUAUGAUACCUUAGGUGCUAAUGCAAUAGAAUUCAUUAUUUGCCAUGCUGAGGUCACACUUGCUUUUGUAGAACAGAAAAAGCUCCCUGAGGUGCUAAAAACAUUCCCCAACGCUGGAGAAUAUCUAAAAACAAUUGUGAGCUUUGGGAAAGUUACUCCUGAACUAAAAGAACAAGCUGAAAGCCUUGGUUUGGCAAUAUAUUCAUGGGAUGAAUUCUUGUCACUGGGUGAUGAUAAACAUGUUGACUUGCCUGUGAAGAAGAAAAGUGACAUCUGUACAAUAAUGUACACUAGCGGAACAACCGGUGAUCCUAAGGGUGUUCUGAUUUCCAAUAACAGCAUUGUAACUCUUAUAGGUGGUGUACAUCGUCUGCUAGGGAGUGCAAAUGAAUCACUGAAUACACACGAUGUCUAUCUCUCAUUUCUGCCUCUAGCACAUAUAUUUGAUCGGGUUAUUGAAGAAUGUUUUAUCAAUCAUGGGGCCUCUAUAGGAUUUUGGCGUGGGGAUGUUAAAUUGCUGAUUGAAGACAUAGGGGAGCUGAAACCUACUAUUUUCUGCGCUGUUCCUCGAGUUUUGGAUAGGAUUUAUUCAGGUUUGCAACAGAAAAUAUCUUCUGGGGGUUUUCUCAAACGUAACUUGUUUAAUCUUGCGUAUUCAUACAAGUUACAUAAUAUGAAGGGAGGGAAAAAACAUUCAGAGGCAUCUCCAUUAAGUGACAAAAUUGUCUUUAGUAAGGUAAAACAGGGACUAGGAGGGAAUGUACGCAUUAUUUUAUCUGGAGCUGCUCCACUAGCUGCUCAUGUAGAAGGUUACCUGAAAGUGGUGGCAUGCUCGCACGUCCUUCAAGGAUAUGGUCUGACGGAAACUUGUGCUGGAUCAUUUGUCUCGCUGCCAAAUGAAAUGAGUAUGGUGGGUACAGUGGGCCCUCCAGUACCAAAUUUGGAUGCUCGCUUGGAGUCUGUUCCUGAGAUGAAUUAUGACGCCCUUUCAAGCAAACCACAGGGAGAAAUAUGUAUAAGGGGGGAUGUUCUGUUUUCAGGGUACUACAAGCGUGAGGACCUUACAAAAGAAGUCUUAAUCGAUGGCUGGUUCCAUACAGGUGAUAUUGGUGAGUGGCAACCAGAUGGAAGCAUGAAAAUUAUUGACCGUAAGAAAAACAUCUUCAAGCUCUCACAAGGAGAAUAUGUAGCAGUUGAAAAUCUGGAGAAUGUUUAUGGACUUGUUUCCGACCUUGAUGCGGUAUGGAUAUACGGGAAUAGCUUCGAGUCUUGUCUUAUUGCAAUUGCCAACCCAAAUAAACAAGCGGUCGAACAAUAUGCUGAAGCACAUAAUAUUUCCGGGGAUUUCGAGUCCUUAUGUGAAAACCCGAAGAUUAAGGAAUACAUACUUGGAGAGCUGACUAGAGUUGGAAAAGAGAAAAAGUUAAAAGGUUUUGAAUUCGUGAGAGCUGUUCACCUUGAUCCCGUCCCUUUCGACAUGGAGCGUGACCUUCUGACCCCGACAUUCAAGAAGAAAAGGCCUCAAAUGCUCAAAUAUUACCAGACAGUAAUUGAUAACAUGUACAAGAAUAUUAACAAGAAGUAAAAGAUGGUGUGGUGUCUCCUCUUCUAAUUGGGUUUUUUCGAUCACCUCUGGAUUUGUUUUGAUCCUAUUUUCUUGGGUAUGUGACUGUACAGUAGUGUUGUUACAUAUAUAAUAUAUAAUAUUAUAUAUAUAUAUAUAUAU